AUGAACAAAUCCAAUGAAUACAAAAAGUCUCAAACCUUAAAACCAAUUGAAUAUCGACGGGCUUCUCAGCCGUUAAGUCCACUUAGAGCUAAACAGUAUCAGAUCGUAAACCCUUUUCAAAGAAAUUUAUCUGCUGUUACUAAACUUAAAAGAAGACCAUAUAACUCAAUAGCACAGGAUAAGGAGCAAUUAAAAGCAUUUAAAAACCUGAGUUCUGACGAAAUUUCAAAAUCGUUUAGCAAUUCUGAUGAAAAACAUAGAAUGACGCCUUUGAAUUUCACUAAAACUAAAUGUAUUUCAGCAUCAGAACAAAAUUUAAGCUAUACAAAAACAAAUACAAAUGCUUCAAAGAAUAUCUUAAAAUCAGAUUCAUGAAUAAAAAUCGAAGAUAUGGCUAAAUCUCGCAGAAAUUCAUUUAACCCUCCGCUAACUUUUAAAAAAAUAAUCCCUGAGUGGCUUUUAUCAAGGAGUGAUUUUUAUGCCACUUAUAUGAAAAUGAAACAACAAGUUGGUCUGGACCUUGGAGAAGUUUGUUCAUCAGCGCCUUCUGAGAGAACAGAAGACGAAAAAGAAGCUUUGAUUAAAUGGGUGUCAAAUACAAGAUUUUUUUCAGCAAUUCCGAAGGUGAUAGUUCAAGAGACAUGUGAUAAAUUCUCAGUCCUUGAAUUUUCGCCAGGCGCCCAAAGUAAGUUUUAUUUAGUUAUAAAAAAAGAUGACAUUGCUGAUUGCAUGUAUUUAAUUUACUUCGGAAUGGUAGGAAUAUAUGUUGAUGGGAUCAGAAUUGGACAGCGGUCUCAAGGAGAAUCUCUUGGAGAAACUGCUCUUGAUAAUAUAAAGUUAAGGUCAGCUGACGCAUUUUCAGAAACAAAUGUCGUGCUUUUUAAGCUGAAGAAAAUCGAUUAUGAGCAUAUCAUAUUAAAUUUAAAAAAGCUUGAAAAACAUGAAUAUACAAAAUUUAUUAUGACAAUUCCAUUUUUCCAACGAUGAAGCUUCAUUAAGGUACAAAACCUCAGCAAUUUGUUGAUACAGUCUGUAUAUAAUCCUGGAGAUGGUAACUGCUAUUUAGUCAUAUACGAAAAAGGAGACCAAUCCGCUACAUUUUACAUUAUAAAAGAAGGCAGCAUUCAACUUCAAACAUACACACACUUGGAAUGGCAAAAUAAAUGGCCAGUUGGGUCUCGGCAGUGAAAGCUGAGAAAAAUCACAAAUAAAUUCAUUUAUCCUCUGAAGACUCUUUUAAAAGGCGAAUUUUUCGGGGAGUCUGAAAUUAUCAGCAAUUGUACCAGGGAAACUCGGGCUGUGGCUCUUGAACAUUCAAUUUGCCUUGUUCUUAAUAAAGACGAGUUUCUUGAGCUUUUUCCUCCUAGAGAGCUAGAAAUUCUUAAACAGCGGUCGGUUUUGAGAAUGCCAAGCAAACAAGAAAUGGAAAUGAAAAUCAAGCAAGAAAUGUACUCAAAUGAAGAAAAAGAACACAUUUUGUUAGAAGCCAUGAGACUAGGCCAUGGGUUCGAAAAAGGAAGAGAAUUUCUGUUAGAUGCUGUAUAAUUUAUAUAGAGAUCCAAAAAGCUUAGAGGAUGAUACAGCUCUUUAAAGCAGAGAACUCGUCAGCAGAGAGCCAAAAUCCAAAGUAAAAUAAUCGACCAAAAAGAAGAAAACUUAAACAUGUCAAUGUAA